CUCCGCGCAGGCGCGCGCUGCUCUGCUGGGCACGGCUUGGCACGGGCGGCUUUUCCCUGGCUGGGUCUGGGCGGCUGGGCUUGGACGGCCGUGGAGGCGCUCAGCUGCACCAUGUUCCUGCACUCAGUCAACCUCUGGAACCUGGCUUUUUAUGUCUUCAUGGUGCUUCUGGCCACCCUGGGGCUGUGGGAUGUCUUCUUCGGCUUCGAGGAGAACAAGUGCAGCAUGAGCUACAUGUUUGAGUACCCCGAGUACCAGAAAAUCGAACUCCCGAAGAAGCUGACAAAACGCUAUCCAUCCUACGAGCUCUAUCUGUACGGAGAAGGGUCGUACGCCGAAGAGCACAAAGUUCUCCCUCUGACAGGAAUUCCCGUUCUCUUCCUUCCUGGGAAUGCUGGCAGCUACAAGCAAGUCCGCUCCAUCGGCUCCAUCGCGCUGAGAAAAGCGGAGGACAUCGACUUCAAGUACCACUUCGACUUCUUCAGCGUGAACUUCAACGAGGAGCUGGUGGCGCUGUACGGCGGGAGUCUUCAGAAGCAGACCAAGUUCGUGCAUGAAUGCAUCAAAACAAUUCUCAAACUGUACAAGGGUCAAGAAUUUGCUCCCACAAGUGUGGCAAUAAUUGGUCAUUCUAUGGGCGGCCUCGUUGCCAGAGCAUUGCUUACACUGAAGAACUUCAAGCAAGAUCUGAUCAACCUUCUGGUCACCCAGGCCACUCCUCACGUGGCCCCCGUGAUGCCCUUAGACCGCUUCAUCACGGAGUUCUAUAUGACUGUAAACAACUACUGGAUUUUAAAUGCUCAGCACAUAAAUCUGACUACGCUCUCCGUGGCUGGAGGCUUCCGGGAUUACCAAGUCCGUUCCGGACUGACUUUUCUGCCAAAACUAAGCCAUCAGACCAGUGCCUUAUCUGUCGUGAGCUCAGCAGUGCCUAAGACCUGGGUCUCAACAGACCAUCUCUCCAUCGUGUGGUGUAAGCAGUUACAGUUGACCACAAUCCGAGCCUUCUUUGAUCUCAUCGACGCCGAUACCAAGCAAAUAACUCAGAAACCUAAGAAGAAGUUCUCGGUGUUGAAUCACCACUUCAUAAGACACCCAGCGAAGCAGUUUGAGGAAAACCCAUCAAUUAUUUCUGACUUCACAGGGUCAUCCAUGUGGGUUCCAGUGAAAGUGGCCAAAUGGUCCUACGUGGCUUUUAAUAACUCUGAUAAGACUUAUUUUGCGUUUCCUCUCGCGAGUCACAGGAAGAGCUAUAGCCAUGUCUACUGCCAGAGCACCAUGCUGGAUACAAAUAGUUGGAUUUUUGGCUGUAUAAACAGCACAUCCAUGUGCCAGCAAGGGGUUGAUUUAUCAUGGAAAGCUGAACUGCUGCCGACAAUCAAGUCUCUGACGCUAAGGCUCCAAGACUACCCAUUUCUGUCGCACAUUGUUAUCUACGUCCCGCCUGUCCACGGAAGUAAGUUUUUCAUAGACUGUGAAUUCUUUAAAAAAGAAACGAGAUCCAUACAGCUUCCUGUAACUCAUCUUUUUUCCUUUGGAUUGUCUUCAAGGAAGGUGAAAUUAAAUCUAAGCGGCCUGUACUACAAUAUAGAGCUGCUGAACUUUGGACAGAUAUACCAAGCUUUUAAAGUCAAUGUGGUGAGCAAGUGCUCCGGAGGCAAAGAAGAAAAAACCAGUAUCUAUAAGCUUCAUAUUCCCUGGUCUUACGAAGAUUCUCUAACCAUUGCACAGGUUCCGUCUUCCACAGAAAUUUCUCUGAAACUUCACGUUGCUCAGCCGGAAAACGACAGCCACGUGGCGCUGUUGAAAAUGUACACGUCAUCAGACUGUCGGUAUGAGGUGACAAUUAAGACUUCCUUUCCACAAAUACUUGGACAGGUAGUUAGAUUUCACGGUGGAGCUUUUCCCGCCUACGUGGUCUCUAGCAUCCUGCUUGCUUAUGGAGGACAGUUAUAUUCUCUCUUCUCAACAGGUUAUUGCUUAGAAUAUGCAGCCAUAUUGGAUAAAGAGGCCAAACCAUACAAAGUGGACCCUUUUGUGAUUAUGAUUAAGUUUUUGUUGGGGUAUAAAUGGUUUAAGGAGUUAUGGGAUGCGGUGCUAUUACCGGAAUUAGACGCCAUCGUUCUAACCAGUCAGAGUAUGUGUUUCCCUCUGGUGUCCUUGAUUCUCUUUCUGUUCGGGACUUGCACCGCAUACUGGAGUGGUCUGCUCUCUUCCACGUCUGUGCAGCUCCUCUCGUCGCUGUGGCUGGCUCUCAAAAGACCUGCUGAACUUCCCAAAGAUGUCAAGGCGAUGUCCCCAGACUUGCCUGUGUUGACAGUUGUCUUUCUCAUAGUGAGCUGGACCACCUGUGGGGCUUUCGCCAUACUACUGUCUUACCUGUACUAUGUGUUUAAGGUUGUCCAUCUGCAAGCCAGCCUCACGGCGUUUAGGAGCAGCCAGCCAGUGAAUCCCAAGCACUCGAGAAGAAGUGAGAAAAAGUCCAACCACCACAAAGACUCGUCGGUGCAGAGUCUCCGCCUGUCUGCUCAGGACGCCGAGGACAGUCUGCGCAUGCACGGCACCGUGAUUAACCUGCUGACCUGGGUGGUACUGCUCAGCCUGCCGUCGCUGAUCUACUGGUUAAAGAACCUUAGGUAUUAUUUGAAACUUAAUCCCGACCCAUGCAAACCCCUGGCGUUUCUCCUUAUUCCGGCUAUAGCAAUUCUUGGAAACACUCACACAGUUUCGGUAAAGUCAAGUAAAUUACUGAAGACGGCGUCACAGUUUCCGCUCCCCCUGGCCGUGGGCGUGGUCGCUUUCGGCUCCUCCCACUUGUACAGGGUCCCGAGUUUCGUCGUCAUCCCGCUUCUGUUCCACGCCCUGUGCAACUUCCUGUAAGCCGGGGCUGAGCGGACCGGUGAUACCGUGAGCGCAGCCCCACCAGCCGGCACAGCGAGGUCCUUCGGAGAAGACGCGUCUAUUUUUACAGUAUUGGAAAAUAGGAAAUUAGUUUUGUACCGCGUGAGGAAAGUCGUCGAAGCGUGGUUUCGUUUUGUGACGGUAGCGUCCGUGUUCUCGUCGUACCUGAGGAAUGAGCGAGGGGGACUUGUGUACAUAACCAACUAGCUUUCAUCAGCCAUGCCGGGGAAGCUUCUAGAGACUGAGUCGAUGCGGUGUUGUUUGUAGUCUCCCGCGGAACUUUGGCUGGCUUCGUCAGACUUGGAUUGGAAAGUGGGUUUUUAUGUUUGCUCUAACUGACAUAUUCAAGAAUAGGUCUUAAAAGGUUGUUCAGAGUCACAAUUGUUUCUCAGACGUGAGACAGUCGUGAAGGAGGCUUUGGGCAGUCUUUGGCAACCAUGGGGAGCAAAGCUAGAUCUGUCUUCUUACAUCUAUGAAAAAGAGUCUCAGAGGGAGACCUUUUUGUUAGCUACUAGACUUCAGAUUCAAAGCAACGACUUUUCUUGAACCUUUAAACACGAGUCCUGCUGUGCAGUCGAAUGUUAAAAGCAAGAAAGAGAUCUACCGAAAGUCUAUUAUCAAAAGACUUUUCCGGUGGGCACCACAUUGGCACAGUCUGUUUCUGCUUCUGUUUAAGUCAGUGCCCAUGGUUGCCAAAAGUGCCUCUGGUAAUGAUAGGGUAUUAAAAUAGCUACCUUCCAGAGCUGAAAUAACUCGGGAUUUGUAUCAUCUCUGGUCUCCUGGGAAGGAGAGAUAUCAACACAAGUAGAGUAUUGCCCUUGAUAGGGAAACAGUAGGCAGCCAUUGCUCCAAGGUACCAAGAAAGUGAGCCCUGCCUGAGCCGGCUUUCACCCUGCCUGAGCCGGCUUUCACCCUGCCAUUGCUCAGUUAACAGAGGAACCCUGGCAGGGUUCACUCCCCGGGACUACCGUUUGGCCAGUGAGGGUAACAUUUUAUUUCAUUUCCAGUUCUCGUUCAAUUCUCAGCUACAGAAAAACAGGAAGGCAGGGAGCUGGAAGAACAGAGUUGCUCUCCGCCUUCUGUUAGGAGAAACUCUGUCUGAGGAAGUCCGGAGGCCCUUAACCUCCACGUGUGUUCUGUAAAUGCCCAAAGUCUCUCCAAUGAAGUCCUCGCGUGUCGGUGAGGUCACGGGUGGACCUGUGAGCACGUGCACUUCUUAGUCCCGGGGACGGCGCUUCAGGAACCAGUCCCGUUUUAUCCGCUCUUGCACCGGGUACCGCAUUGGUACCGUACCGGGUACCACAACCUCUCAGCCGCCACUGCCAGCCAGAAGGCUCCUCCCACACCAGUCACUUCGGCAACUGGCCUUCUCCCCAGGGAGUUCUUCCUUGGGUCUUUCCUGUUUCAGCAUUAGUCAGAGGGUGAUGGUGUUACCACAGGGGUUCGUUAGUUUAUGUGACUCCAUUGCUGUCGUGCCUGGCAUCGUGCUUCUUGGGUAUUCAUAUUCUCGCUCACUAAGACUCCGAAAGGAAAGUAGUUAUAGUAGAUGUGACGGACAUCUUAGUCUCUUGUCUCAGAAAUGUGUCAAACAGAAUAAACUACGCCGUACUGUUCAUUCAGUAUCUGAGCAUGAGCUCAUCAGGACGUACAGUUUUCUCACAGAAUACCACAUACAUACAUACAUACAUACAUGGACAUACCUGCUUCCGUUUUGCCGGGCCUGGGCAGUCUCCAUAUAUCUGCUCUUUCCCACUGUCUGUGAUAUUACAGACGUCUCAACUUACUGGUGGCUGAGUACUUUGGCUUCCUGAAUUUGGGCAUGCAUCUACAAAAUCUUUACAGAAAUCUGGUGUUAGAGACCUUUUUACAGCCGUGGUUAUUUAUGAGUUCUAGGAUCUCCAUGGUUAGCUGGCACUACUAAGUAGGAUGUAGCAAGUUUGAGUUCUUACUCACGAGUGGCACGUUUGUUAUCAGAGCACACUAAUUCUUGCUAGAAUGUUUUUUGUCUGAAAGUAUUUAUUCCCAAGCCCCCAAGUCUUAUUUAUGCCAGCAAAAUAUCUCAGAGAAUCGUGGUCUGGGUCUUUGGCCCAUUGUCACUCUACACGAUCACACAUGAACAUACAAAGACAUGCUCUGACAGAGUCUUCUUCCAGAUACACACUCACACAUGAACAUACAAGGACAUGCUCUGACAGAGUCUUCUUCCAGAUGCACACUCACACAUGAACAUACAAGAACAUGCUUUGACAGGGUCUUCUUCCAGAUACACACUCACAUAUGAACAAACAAGGACAUGCUCUGACAGAGUCUUCUUCCAGAUACACACUCACACAUGAACAUACAAGGACAUGCUCUGACAGAGUCUUCUUCCAGAUACACACUCACACAUGAACAUACAAGGACAUGCUCUGACAGAGUCUUCUUCCAGAUACAUACUCACACAUGAACAUACAAGAACAUGUUUUGACAGGGUCUUCUUCCAGAUACACACUCACACAGGAACAUACAAGGAUAUGCUCUGACAGAAUCUUCAAGUAUUUAGACACAGGUAGCUAGGUAGACUAUCUGAUCGUGAAAACGGCUAUCCCUUAAGAAAAGGGAUGUCCUUUAUCUCAGCAUCUCUUGCUUUUACCUGUCCUGUUCUCAUGUGUUUUAUUACCAUAGUCCCAAUACCAGUUUCACUUGAAUUGGCAGUCAAGUUAGAGAGUAAUACAUCAAAUUUUGAGUUCCACUGUUGUGGUUUCUUUUUUUAGGAAAUUGAGUUUUUUAGUAAGUGUUGUGUUUAUUAAACAACCGGAUUUUUUGCUAGUAAAUAGAUUGGGUAUACAUUAGACUGUUAAGAACAUUGAGUGCUCAGUAUUUCUGAAACACCCUCAUAGAGUUAGUGCUAUUAUAAUUUAGACCUGGUAAUUUUUAAAAAGAUUUGUGUGUGUGUGUGUGUGUUGCUCACUGUGGCCAGAAGAGGGCAGUGUAUCCCCUAGAGCUGGCGCUAGAGGUGGUUGUGAGUUGCUGGACAGAGAUGCUAGGAACCAAACUCAAAUUCUCCAGAACAGCAGCUCUCUUCACUCAGCCAUUCAUCCGGCUCCAGGACCUAGUAAAUCUGAUAGAAAUUAUUAUUGCUGGUGUGUGUGUGUGUGUGUGUCUGUGUGUGUGUGUGUCUGUGUGUGUGUCUGUGUGUGUGUGUGUUUGUGUGUACAUGAGCACAGCAGGGACUGAGUCCAGGGCCUGUGUUUCCUAAGUACUUUCUCUAUCUUUGAAGUAUCCACAGCUAGUCUGGAUUCAUUUAAUGCCAAAAUUAAAUACAUUCUAUUCCUUUCUUGGUUAUCAUGUAUUAAAAACUUUCAGAACUGUGAUUCUAAAGAAACCGUUUGUGCUUGGUUAACACUAAUCUUUGAGGCUGCCUAAUAUAUAUCAAUUAUGUAUUGAUUAGUCUUUUUAAUUCUUUUUGUGUUAUAUUUACAUAAUUUUAGCUGUCUAUAGAGGAUAGUUUAGUUGUUGUUGUCUUCUCGAGGCAAGGUUUCUUUGGUAGCCUUGGUUGUCCUAGAACUAGCGCUGUAGCCAAGGCUAGCCUUGAAAUCAUAGAGACCCAUCUGCCUCUGCCUCCCAAGGACUGGGAUUAAAGGCAUGUGCCACCACUGCCCAGCAAAUGAAUAACUUUUAUCUAGUGAACUAUAAAAUAUUAUACAGUAAGGAAAAAGAAAUAACUCCAGGAAAUCAGCCUGCUGUACAGUUGCUAUUACAUUGUCGUGUGUGUCGGCAUGACACAUUUUCACAGUGCUCACAAGUUUGUGCAAGGCAGACUGUCUUAUCUACUGUGAAGUCUCUGUACUUUAAAGAAAACUCUUUGGAGUUCUCCCUUACAGCAUGAUGUGUCCAUUUCACAAAGCUUCUUAAUACCUCUGGUGGAAGAUGGCGAAGGGAAAUCAAGGGACGUAGAACUCAGUUUUCAGGAGCUCUUGCAGGCUGCAGGAGGAAGGUGGGACACAGGCCUGGAGAGAUGGCUCAGACAGUGAAGUCCCUGCUGUUUGACUGUAAGGACCCAAGAGCAAAUUCCCAGAAUCCGCAGGAGGAACUGGCUGACCAAUGUGUGCCUCUAAUCCCAGGUCUGAGUGGCAGAGACAGGUAGAUCCUUGCUGCUUGCCGGCCAGCCAGCCUACCUAAACUGGCCUGCUUUGAGCUCAGUAAAAAGACCCUGCCUCAAAAAUUAAGGUGGAAAGUCUCUGAGGAAGACUCCCAGCAUUGUCCUGUGUUGUCCCCUGUGCCCCCCCCCCGCACCUCUCCCUGCACAUACACAAACAUGUACACACACGAAAACACUAAACACUUAGGAGGCGGGGACCCACGAGUACCGUGAGGUAGGCUAGGGCUGCUGGUUCUGGAAUCAUGGGAUAAUCAGGUGGCCUGUAUUUCUCUCCUCAGACGUCAGGUCUGAAUUAAUGCACGGCCUUGUGUGUUUUAGGUUGAUGCAGGAUUUUAGGAUGUUGCCCUUCGACAUUUAGGAAGUGGUCUUAAAAAAAAUCAUUUGGGAAAAUUCCAACAGUAGGCUGAGGCUUUGGGUAGCUAGUUGGUUUUCAUCUGUGUGGACAGUUUGUGAAUUUGGAUAUCGUAGAACAGAGCUUUUGAAGUUUAUCGAGGGUCACACACAAUCCAUUUGGGGAGAAUGACACUUGGCAGUAAUAAAGGGGGCAAGGGAAACUUCUGUGUUGGCGACAUUAGCUCCUCCCAGGAAAGCAGAUGAAGAAAACAUAGGACUCACUCUAGCCGUAAGAUUGAGAGCUGGAAUUUUAUCAUCGCCAAUCCUUUUGCACAAGAAACAUUUAUAAUUCCGCGAUUCUCCACUCUUUCAGCAUGAGGCUUGCCGAGGCAUGGGGAAAUAAGGAAGCCCCGGGGACCUCAUGUUCCUGACUUUACAUAGGGACUGUGGGAAAUGGGAGUCAGAGCAGUUCAAAGAUGCACCAUCAAUGCAUAAACGUCUUCAUUUUUUACAACACAUCAUAAAUAAAUAAAAGCAGAAUUGUACUUGGUUGUCACCUCAUUUGAGGAUGGAAAAGACUCUGGAGAUGGUUGAGACGGGCCUGCUGUUACUCUGUGAGCACGAGGGACGUAACCGCGGCCGGGCCAUGGUGCGCUUCACAGCUGCCAGGGUCUGAGCCACAGCUUGGUCAAACCGUCUGUGACCAGUAAUUAUAAACCAAGAGCCGUUUUCCUUACGUGCUUGGCAUGGCGUGCUGCCCAAACCCACCUGAAGCCCCAGGAAACCAGUCAAUUUCUGACGACUUUGUGUGAACGUGGUAUGUUGUGUCAGAAACAACCUGGAACCCUCCUGUACGUGGUCAGUUUGAAUGCCAGUGAGAAACUCUUUUUACCUGUUGCUGUGUGAUCCGUUAGUGUAACGUUAUCUAUACUCUAACCUUUGUCUCAGAAACCUACAGGGAGCCGUUUUGUGAACUCCAUGUGCUCUUUCAAAUGUUCUGAUUUUUAGUGUUCGUAAGGUAGCGAUGUUACUAUGGCAAAAGUUUGUAGAUCUGUGUAGCCCUACUGACUACUCCAGAGCCUAGUGGCCCGUGUGUUUGUAUUUCAUGUGGUUUGUUCUGUUUCAUUUUGGCCUGUUUACACCCUUUUAUUAGGAAAAUAAAAAAAGAUACAUUUGAAUUCUUUUUAGCAUACUCUGCAUUGGAACUCGUAAGUACUCCCUUGGUUAGCAGAACGUACUUUGCCACCAAAGCUAAAUGAAACUGUAAAGUACCUCUGGAUAUUCAUGCCAAGGAACUUUUCUUAGGAUACUGGGGUUAAAACAAAAGUAAUCUUUUUCAAUAUUUUUCUUCUAGACUUACAAUAAAUGUGUCCAUCGUGAAAACAUACGCCACGCUCUAUUUUUCUUUGAAGCUGUUCAAAGCUUUAGAACGGUGUGCUCUCUUCUCUCUGCUUUCCUGAUAUUGUUGGGUAGAAACUGAAUUCGCUGUCUUUCAGCAGUUAAUUGAAGAAGUCAUCCGAAGUCAUCUGGCUGUGGUCUUACUUUGUGCUGCGAAAAGUGAAUUUUGUACAGUCCAUUUUUUUGGGUCUAGGCCUCUCCCCUUUAUAUACUUGAGAGCUUGCCCUGCGGGCUCUCCUUUGUUUUCUGUAUGUUUCUGUUCAGUCCCAAGUGUUUGUCUGCUAGAUCUACCCAAACACAGUCCAUUGAAGCAAACCUUUGAGCAGGCACCUUAUACCAAAUACUGUGGAAAGCCAGAUACUGACAUUACUUGGUCUUGGUCGAGUAACGGUUAUCCAACUGUUGGGGGCUGUGGAUAGAAAGGUGGUUUAUGAUGAGAGCUGGCCACAGGGGGUGUGUGCUCUCUGGAAGGGGGUUGUCCUCUGUGUGACAUGGCCUUAACCUAAGUAGGAGAUGCCUGUCCGUCCUUAACUUAAGCAGGCUCUGUGCAUGGAGAAACAGGUGUUUGCCAGAAUUCUCAUGCAAAUCUCCCCCUCCCCAUUGUGUGCUUGGGAGAGAGAUCUUCAUUUUUAUUGUGUAUAAACUAGGAAGUUGUGUUGCAUACUUAUAUUUUUUAAAAAUGGGAACUGAGGGGUAUCAUUGUGAAGCGAUACUGUGGUUUCUUCAACCUAGAACUAACUAUAAAUGUAGCAACGUGCCCAAGAUAAACCAGACCAAAACUGAAUACAUAUCAUCACUGUGACCUUGAACUUAUUUGGGAUAAAACAGACUGUGCCUUAAAGAUGAUGAAGCAACGCCCUGCGAUUUUGUAUCUCGAUAUCUCACUGUGGGCGGCCUUCUCAAAUUCCUCUCAAAUCCUUUUCUUUCAAGUGGCUGAAAUUAUAAGUCUUAAGUAUAAAUUGGCCCACACCUCCUUUAGGGUCCGCACAGCCGUUUUUCUUGAGACCUCCUUUAAUUUCCAGAGCUGCUUUUUGUUGUUCGAUUUUUUUUUAAAAAAAAAUUGAUUUAGUCUUAAUAUAUCUGGGAAAUUAGGUUUGGCUGCAGUUUCUGGGGGAAAUGUUUUAAGGGAUAGUCACGGCCCUCCUGUUUCUAAACUUAUUGAAUAGAUAAAAAUUAAUCCUUGAAAUGUAUUUUUGUCUUACUGGUAAUGAGCUUAUCAAUUAUGUGCGUUCCUUCUAAGACUUGUGCCCCGUGUUGUGGCAGACUGAGACCUGUGUUUAUAUUCUCAAAGAGGGGUUUCAACCCAGUGAUGAUUUUGCAGUGGCUGACCUCAGAUCAGUGUCAUUUGUUUAAAAUGUUACCACUUUCUUUUUCCUGCCUAAUUAUUUUAUGGUGUCACAGGAGAAUUAGCUCCUCUUUUUUAAUUUAUUGUAAAGUUUUGUGCUUAUUUAAAAUAAUGAGUAUGAUUUUCAUGAAAGUCCAAAUUACUCGAUUUAUCGUAUAAUCACGCUCUUUCCCAACGGCGUCCGGAUCCCCGUGUACUGUUUGCUUUUCCGUGUGACUUUUGGACAUAAACUCAGUGUAUUUCCCUUGUCCUAUUUCACCUUCUGUGCCCCGUUACUACUAUGUUCAAGUUUUUAUUGAAAUAAGAGUCUCUUGAAAACUUGUAGACAUGACAGUAUGUCUUUCCUUAAAGCCUGGUAAGAUUAACAACGAGGCUGUUUAGACAAGGGUGUGUGUAAUCAAGGGUCUCUCAGCUGACAUCAGUUUCUACCCUCACAGUUAAACCUUUAGCACGCAGACGACUAGUGGCCGCUGACGGAGACUCGGUAGAGUCCGCGUUUAUUUGCGCGCCGAUUUUGUGCUCAUCCGUAAACUCUAGUGUGUAGGAACCACGCUUAGUGCAAGGAGCCUGUCCGAAAGUGUGUACUGAAAAUGAUGACCGUCGUGCAUAUCUUCCUGUCUGAACAUGCAUGCUCCUCCCCAGUGCGUCGUGAGACGUGUAGUGCACUGAACAAAAGUGCGUGUUCUUUUCUGUGUGUUUCUGCUAUGGUAUAAUGAACGCUGUUUCGUUGGACCAGUUGCGGUUUGGGGGAAAAGUGUUGCUUCUGUGCUUUGUAGAGUGUUGUAAAUGUUUUUUAACCUCUGUUCCCACGUUACGAUGUAGUUUUUAUUAGGUGAGCAUUUGCCCUCCGUCUCUGCUCAGGUAUUAACAUGUAGCAAUUUGGGGUGCUUUGUUUUUAAUUUGUCAUAUUCUGGUGUUCGGAACGUCCCAAAAUAAAUUUGGUGAAUAAGCACA